CGCCUGCGCGCCUGUCAUGUGACCCUGCGGGCCCCGCUCACGACGCGCGCCGCCGCGGACCCUGCCGCCUCCAUUGCGGGCCUGGUGCGCGUGCCCGUGCAGCCAGCAGAGCGGAGUGCGCCUGCGCAGAGGCUUAUCAAUGGGGCUCGGUGCCUGCACUAUGAAUCCACUGCUCCUGGAAGCCAUUUUUUUCCAUUUUUGUUGCCCUUGUUGUUGUUACUGCUGUUGUUGGUGGUGGAUAUGACAGAGAGAAAUCGAAAAAGGAGGGGAAGACAGAGAAGGGCAGAGAAGGAUAGACACCUGAAGACCUGCUUCACCGCCUGUGUAGCGAUCCCUGCAGCCUGGGAGGUGGCACAAUGGAUAGAGCAUUGUGCUCUCAAGCAUGAGGUCUUGAAUUUGAUCCCCAGCAUCACAUGUGGCCCAGACCUGUCCCUGCCCUCGGGCACUGCAAUGGAGACUGGGUGGCCACCCCGUACCCGCCCUUUGCUGGGACUCUGCGCCCUCCUCACUGCUGCCCUGUUGACACAUGUACUGCUCCAUGACCUCACCGUGGUCCCCCAAGAGGCGCCAGCACCCAAGGACAGCAGCCAAACAGGGUGGCGGGUGGCCAGUGGCCCGGAGCACCUGAGCCAUCCCAUAGCUGCACCCACCGGGUGCAACGUGCCCGCCAGUAGCCGCUUCGACUGUGCCCCCGACAGUGGCAUCACCCAGGAGCAGUGCGAGGCACGGGGCUGCUGCUAUGUACCCGUCCGGCGGCCUGUGGGUUCCCACAUGGGGCAGCCCUGGUGCUUCUUCCCCAUCGACUACCCCAGCUACAGGCUGCACAACCUCACCUCCACGGGCUUGGGCUACACGGCCAUGCUCACCCGCACCAGCCCUUCCUUCUUCCCCAAGGAUGUGCUGACCCUGCGGCUGGAUGUGCUGCUGGAGACGGACAGCCGCCUCCACUUUACGAUCAAAGACCCUGCCAACCCGCGCUACGAAGUGCCCUUGGAGACCCCUCGUGCCCACAGCCGAGCGUCUGCCCCCCUCUACAGCAUGGAGUUCAGCCCUGACCCCUUUGGGCUGAUCAUCCGCCGGACCCUGGGUGGACGUGUACUGCUGAACACCACGGUGGCCCCCCUGUUCUUUGCUGAUCAGUUCCUGCAGCUGUCCACCUUGCUGCCAUCCCCAUAUGUCACUGGCCUGGCCGAGCACCUGAGCCCCCUGAUGCUCAGCACCAGCUGGACCAAGAUCACCCUCUGGAACCGGGACAUGGCCCCCUCGCCUGGUGGCAACCUGUAUGGCUCCCACCCUUUCUACCUGGUGUUGGAGGAAGGUGGCUUGGCUCACGGUGUCUUCCUGCUCAACAGUAAUGCUAUGGAUGUGGUCCUGCAGCCCGGCCCGGCCCUCAGUUGGAGGACCACAGGUGGCAUCCUGGACAUGUACGUCUUCCUGGGCCCAGACCCUAAGAGCGUGGUGCGGCAGUACCUGGAUGUUGUGGGGUACCCAGCCAUGCCACCCUACUGGGGCCUGGGCUUCCACCUGUGCCGCUGGGGCUACAACUCUACCAGCUCCACACGCCAGGCUGUGCAGAACAUGACGCAUGCCCACUUCCCCCUGGAUGUGCAGUGGAAUGACCUGGACUACAUGGAUGCGCAGCGGGACUUCACCUUCAACCAGAAUGGCUUCCAUGACUUCCCUGCCCUGGUGCGCGAGCUGCACGAGGGCGGCCGGCGCUAUGUCAUGAUUGUGGACCCGGCCAUCAGCAGCUCUGGGUCGCCUGGGAGCUACAGGCCCUAUGAUGAGGGGCUGCGGAGGGGCGUGUUCAUUACCAACGACACGGGGCAGCCGCUGGUUGGCAAGGUGUGGCCAGGCCCCUCUGUCUUCCCCGACUUCACCAACCCCGAGACUCUCAACUGGUGGCAGGACAUGGUGGCCGAGUUCCACGCCCAGGUGCCAUUUGAUGGCAUGUGGAUUGACAUGAAUGAGCCGUCAAAUUUCGUGAAGGGUUCCCUGUAUGGCUGCCCGGACAAUGAGCUGGAGAACCCGCCCUAUGUGCCAGGGGUGGUCGGCGGGACUCUUCAGGCAGCCACCAUCUGUGCCUCUAGCCGCCAAUUCCUGUCCACGCACUACAACCUGCACAACCUGUACGGCCUGAGUGAAGCCGUGGCCUCCCACAGGGCUCUGUUGAAGACUCGUGGGAAGCGCCCCUUCAUCAUCUCCCGCUCCAGCUUCUCAGGCCACGGCCGCUUUGCUGGCCACUGGACAGGGGAUGUGAGGAGCAGCUGGGAACAGCUGGCCUUCUCUGUGCCAGAUGUCUUGCUCUUCAGCCUGCUGGGGGUGCCCCUGGUGGGGGCAGACAUCUGUGGUUUCCUGGGCAACACCUCAGAGGAGCUGUGUGUGCGCUGGACGCAGCUGGGGGCCUUCUACCCCUUCAUGCGCAACCACAAUAGCCUGGACAGCCUGCCCCAGGAGCCUUACAGGUUCAGCGAGACUGCGCAACAGGCCAUGAGGAAGGCCUUCACCCUGCGCUACGCUCUGCUGCCGCACCUCUACACGCUUUUCCAUCAUGCCCACCUCCACGGGGACACUGUGGCCCGGCCUCUCUUCCUGGAGUUCCCCGAGGACCCCCAGACCUGGCCAGUGGAUCGCCAGCUGCUGUGGGGCUCGGCCCUGCUCAUCACUCCAGUACUCGAGCCAGGCAGGACCGAGGUGACUGGAUACUUCCCUGCUGGCACCUGGUAUGACAUGGAGACGGUGCCUGUGGAGGCUGUGGGCAGCCUCCCACCUCCAGCACCCGGCAGACCCCCCAUCCACAGCCAGGGGCAGUGGGAGACACUGCUGGCGCCCCUGGAGACAAUCAACCUUCACCUUCGGGCUGGGCAUGUCAUCCCCCUGCAGGGCCCUGGUCUCACCACCACUGAGUCCCGGAAGCAGCCGCUAGCCCUGGUCGUGGCCCUGACCACCACUGGGGAGGCCCAGGGGGAGCUAUUCUGGGAUGAUGGGGAGAGCCUGGAGGUGCUGGAACAAGGGGCCUACAUAGAGGUGGCCUUUCUGGCCCAGAAUAAUACCAUCAGGAACCAGCUGCUGCAUGUGGCAGGAGAGGGGGCCAACCUGCGGUUGAGCAAGGUGACGGUGCUGGGGGUGGCCAUAGCCCCCCAGCAGGUCCUGUGCAACAGUGUGCCCAUCUCCAACUUCACCUACAGCUCCAACACCAAGGCCCUGGCCAUUCCUGUGGUGCUGACCAUAGGGGCUCCGUUUCUCAUCAGCUGGUCCUGACUGCGCUGGGGCUUCUCGGGUGGACAUCCCGGCAGCUCUAGGGCUGAGGGGUCACUAUGGCAAGUUUUCCCCAAACCCAGAUUCCACUGCUCUACCUCCCAGGCCCCUCAGCGAGGCCUGGCCCCCAGGAUGCUGUGAUGCUUCAGGUUCGCCUGUGGUAGCCCCACUGGAAUGUUACUGGCCACCACUGCCUGUCCGUGAUGGUGCACAAGACAGGAACACUCCUGUGGCUACACCAGGGUGACCCCACAGCUGCUCUCACCAAGGAGACUGCUGAGAGUGCUGUGCACAGUUGUCCCCACCAGCCUGGGGAACUUAAAUUAAGGGCAAUUACUCUAAUAAAGGGAUGUCUGAAAUCA